AAAGAUUCUCAGGUGUGUCAUGUACGAACUCAUCCUUACUGAAAGUCGAUAUAUUCUGUCAGGUGCGGAACGAAGAACAGAAGGGAAAGUGCAAAGAACCAACUACUAUUAGUUCCGCUGAGCGCACUCGCUCAGCUGCUCCGGCACCGCAGCCGUGCCUCCGUCCGCAGUGUUUGGACAGCGGCACGAGGAACGCUCCGCUGCCUCGCCAGUGUUUUGGACAGCGGCACGCGGAAGGGACCGCUUCUCCCGAGCAGGAAAGUGUCCGAAUAAUCGGGAUGCCUGAGGGCCCUCCGCUGUCUACGUGAGCACCUUACACCACCAGGAAAGUGUGAGUGCACGCCACCACACUCCUUCCUUCGAAUGGUAAAGGAAUGGUAAACUUAAGAACCAUGAGGCGCUGGUUCACGUCCAUCACCGCCGUUGCUUUCACACUCGCAGUGAUCUUCAACUGGUCGCUGCUGGUGUCUUCCAAGAAGCCGAGUGACAUGGAGCAGGCCUUCAUCAGUGACACGGCCAAGCAGUACACCGAGGAGCGCGUGGAGAAGGCAGUGGAGCCGGGACCAGCGCUCCAAGCAGCACAGAAUAUUAAGAACUUGGAUGAUGCCAUGGCUAAGAUACAGGAAUUGGAGAAGAGACUGAAAGAAAUUGAGUACAGGGUGCCCAAAAAAUACCCAGAGGUGAAGUUCCUCACCUACAAAGAUCGGAAGAGGAUUUUG